AUGCCCCUGACCCGUUCCUUAUCGAUGACGUCACUGAGCGGUCUGCCUCUGUGGGAUGAGGAAGAUCUACCUGUAGACGACCUGCUGCUGUUUGAGGUAGCCUGGGAGGUCACUAAUAAAGUGGGUGGGAUCUACACAGUUAUCCAGACCAAGGCCAAGAUAACAGUGGAUGAAUGGGGGGAGAACUUAUUCAUGAUGGGGCCGUACUACGAACACAACUUUAACACCCAGGUGGAGCAGUGUGAGCCCCCCAACCCAGCCAUCAAGAAAGCAAUGAGCGCCCUCAUUGACAACGGCUGCCUGGUGUACUUUGGGCGCUGGCUGAUCGAGGGCAGUCCCUAUGUGAUCCUAUUUGACACGGGGUCAGCAGCCUGGAACCUGGACCGAUGGAAGGGGGAUCUGUGGGACACCUGUGGUAUCGGCCUGCCCGCCCAUGACAAAGAGGCCAACGACUCACUCAUCUUCGGAUCCAUGGUUGCCUGGUUCUUUAAAGAGUUAACCGGCGAGCUUGGAGACUCGCCCAAUGUUAUCGCCCAUUUCCAUGAGUGGCAGGUAGGGGCAGGACUUAUUCUCUGUCGCUCACGGAAGAUUCCCUUGGCAACCAUUUUCACAACCCAUGCCACUCUGUUGGGAAGAUACAUCUGUGCCGGAAAUGUUGACUUCUACAACAACCUUGGCAAGUUCAACAUAGACCAGGAGGCUGGUGAGAGGCAGAUCUACCAUCGCUACUGUCUGGAGAGAGCUGCUGUCCACUGUGCCCAUGUCUUUACAACUGUAUCCCAGAUCACUGCUGUAGAGGCUAACCACAUGCUGCACAGGAAACCAGAUGUGGUGACUCCAAACGGAUUGAACAUCAAGAAGUUCUCAGCCAUGCACGAGUUCCAGAACCUUCAUUCCACUAAUAAGGGCCGGAUUCAGGAAUUCAUCAGGGGACACUUCUAUGGUCAUCUGGACUUCAAUCUGGAGAAAACUCUCUUCUUCUUUAUUGCUGGACGAUAUGAGUUCUCCAACAAGGGAGUUGACAUCUUCCUGGAGUCACUGUCCAGACUCAACUAUCUGCUAAGGGUGCAUAAGAAUGACGUCACAGUGGUGGUGUUCUUCAUCAUGCCAGCCAAGACCAACAACUUUAACGUGGAGACGCUGAAGGGUCAGGCAGUACGCAAACAGCUCUGGGACACUGCUCACACUGUGAAAGAUAAGUUUGGCAAGAGGCUUUAUGAGGCAUUGUUAAAAGGAGACAUCCCUGAUAUGAACACCAUCCUGGACAGAGACGACUUCACCAUCAUGAAGAGAGCCAUCUAUGCCACACAGAGACACACCCUUCCUCCAGUGACCACUCACAACAUGCUGGAUGACACCUCCGACCCCAUCCUGGCCAACGUGAGACGCAUCGGCCUCUUCAACGCUCGCACUGACCGAGUCAAGAUAGUGUUCCACCCAGAGUUCCUGUCGUCCACCAGUCCCCUGCUUCCUAUGGACUAUGAGGAGUUUGUACGAGGCUGUCACCUGGGGGUCUUCCCUUCUUACUACGAGCCCUGGGGAUACACACCAGGUGAGUGUACUGUGAUGGGGAUACCCAGUGUGACCACCAACCUGUCUGGCUUCGGCUGCUUCAUGGAGGAACAUGUGUCAGACCCCACGGCAUACGGGAUCUACAUAGUGGACCGGCGGUUCCGCUCGGCAGAUGACUCGUGUAACCAGCUGACCCAGUUCAUGUUCGGGUUCUGCCAGCAGUCCAGACGACAGCGCAUCAUCCAGAGGAACCGCACAGAGAGACUGUCGGACCUGCUGGACUGGAGGUACCUGGGACGGUUCUACAUGCACGCCCGGAGCCUGGCUCUCAGCAGGGCUUUCCCUGACAAGUUCAAGAUGGAGCCGCUGGCCCCGCCACAGACAGAGGGAUUCCGUUACCCCCGCCCCGGCUCUGUGCCCCCCUCCCCCUCGGCGUCGGUGCACUCCACCCCCCACCACAGUGAUGAGGAGGAUGAUGACGAAGAGCCGUAUGAUGAAGAUAAGGAGGCGGAGAGGGACAGGCAGAACAUCAAAGCCCCAUUCACUCUGGGUGCCAUGCCCGAGGGCAAGAAGACACACCCAGGAGAGUCUGCCAACUGAGAGAUCUCUCGCUACUUGCCUGGGAUGGCCAACCCUGGUCUUUGAGAGCUGCAGUAUGUGGAGGUUUUUGUUCCAGCCCAGAACGUACAAUAUUAGCUCUGUUGUAGGGACACUGAGUCUCAAGUAGCUGUUACACAUACUACCUAUGUAUAUUUUCUAAGAGAAAAUGCCUAAUCUUUUGAUGCUAAAAGUCCCCUCACGCCCAUAGGAUAUGAGACAUGAAUAGUUUAAUCAAUAGUUAUAUAUCAGGAAUUGCAUUGAGAGGUCUCUCUCAAACCUAGUCCUGAACACAUUACUUCUAUGAUCAGAUACCCCCAGACAAGUGUUGCUAUGAAUUUUAAAUAAUUUUAUUCCACAUUUUAUUAAAUAAUACAUUCAAACAUUUUCA